CGUCACAUUCCAGUAUGUGCAGCUGAGUCGCAGUUUGGUCAGAAGAGGUCAAAUAUCCCCCAAACCCACCCAAAGGCUGCCAGUUCAACAAGAGAUCAGGCGCUGCUGACGGAUCAUCUCCACGAAAAUGGGCAACUGUCAACCCACAGUUUUUCCCUAUGAAGAUUUUGAUGUUGUUGCUGACAUCAAGGCCAUUCGCAAAGCCUGCAAGGGGUUAGGAACUGAUGAGCAGGCUAUUAUUGACAUCCUGGCAAACCGGAGUUCAUCUCAGCGUCAGGAAAUUAAACAAGCCUAUUUUGAAAAAUAUGAUGACGAAUUGGUGGAUGUGUUGAAGAAAGAGCUGUCAGGGAACUUUGAGAAGGCGGUCCUUGCCAUGCUGGAUCCGCCGGUUAUCUAUGCUGUGAAGGAGCUCAGGAAGGCAAUGAAAGGUCCGGGCACUGAUGAGGACGUCUUGGUGGAGCUCCUCUGCACCGCUACAAAUGCUGACAUUGCCAUGUUCAAGGAAUGCUACUUUCAGGUGCACGAGCGUGAUCUUGAAGCCGAUAUCGAGGGAGAUACGAGCGGGGAUGUUAGAAACCUUCUCACAGCUCUUUUGCAGGGCAACAGAGAUGAGAGUUAUGAGGUGGAUGAGAAUUUGGCUGAACAAGAUGCUAUUGCCCUGUUUGAGGCUGGUGAAAGCCGUUUUGGGACAGACGAAUCCACUUUCACCUACAUCCUGGCCACCAGAAAUUACCUGCAGCUCCAGGCCACCUUCAAGAUAUAUGAGCAGCUCUCUGGAACUGAAAUCCUCGAUGCCAUUGAGAACGAGACUGGAGGGACACUGAAAAAAUGCUACACUGCUCUCGUAAGAGUUGCCAAGAAUCCCCAGCUUUACUUUGCGAGACGUGUGAACAAAGCGAUGAAAGGAGCAGGCACUGAUGAGGACACCCUGAUUCGCAUUAUUGUGUGUCGCUCCGAGUAUGAUUUGGAGACCAUCAAAGAGAUGUACCUGGAGAAGUAUGAUGUGUCCCUUAAGGACGCCCUGAGGGACGAGUGCAGCGGUGACUUUAAGCGCCUCCUUCUCGCUAUCUGCCACUGAAAACCAGAGAGCCAGGCAGGAAGGACGAGGGUUGUCUGGUUAACAAACUAACUGGUGGGGCGAUUAAAUAAUUAACUUGGCUCGUGUCUUGUCCAAACUGACUUACUGUUAAUGUGGUUGGCUCUCUAUUUUACCUCCUUUACAGACGCUGACCUUGAUUCUCUUACUUAGAACUUAUCAGUGAGUGAAGCUGUGUCUCACAAUUACUGCCCAUUUCUUAGUCAAUUUUUAAUCUUUAAUUAACCAGCAUUUAUAUAGUGGCCAGUAUAAAGCACCAAGAUUUCUACAACAAAAACAGGAGCCAGCUGUAGUCACACUGAAUCAAUUAGAGCGAGCGUGGCGUGAUCAGGUGGCUUAAGACUUGAUAAGAUAAUGACGUUAAAAACAUAAGACCCGUAUUUGCUUCGCUACCUGAUUCUCUUUGCAUUCACUAAUCUAUUAAGACUUUCAUGUAAGUAUUAUACUUCUUUAGAUUAAAGACCUUUUUCACCCUCCGUGCCCCAAACUGUGCCUGUUAUAACUAAUGCAAUCAGUCAGCAUGGCUUUGUGCUUUUAAAUGAAGAAAUGUGAAAUUUCGAGUUGAAGGAGAAUUAGCUGGCAUCAUGAAGGCUAUGCAAUGCAAUGGACUUGAAUCUGAACUGUUCUCACAGCAGCGGUUAUAUAUUUUAUCAGUUUCUCAUUUAAAUAAAUUAUAUAUUGAUAUAUAUUUAGUUGCAAAAAAAAAAGGAAUUGACAAAUCCAAAUACACCUCUCCUUGUUAUACAUGUAUUUUUUUUUUAAUAUAUUUUAUGACUAACAAAGAAGAGUGUUUAAUGCUGAGCAUUAUUUAGCAUACUGCUUAGAAUAGACCAGAGGGUGUGUGAAAAGAAAUCUGAUCGUGAUGUUCAGGUUGAUUUUUAACAUGUGGAGAAUCUGAUGUCUGUGUCAUUUAUGUGUCCGUUACUGGCAGCUGAGAUUUAUUCUUAUGAGUGACCACUAUUAUAAACAUUUUGCAAAAAGAUACUCAAAUAACUUACAGCACAUGAGAUAGUCACAGCAUCAGCCUGCUUAUUAGCUUCUAUAUAGCCAAAGAAUUUUAGUCUUACUGCUAAUAAAGUUUCCUCUAAUGUCA